GCAUGCAGUCGCUACACACGUGUUUAUAAAGGGGCGACUCACCCUUGCGAGCCGAUAACACUUUGGUUUAUGCAACGAGCAGCAACAGCCUUCGCCACAACAGGUGGAGCUGCUCUGACUUCCUUCGCCACUUGCUGACUGGACCACAUCCUUUGGGCUGAAGAUAAUGGGCAGUGAAAAUGGCAGACUGUCUUGCUGGUGUUUGCUGCUGGUCGCAGUUGCCCUGCACGGCGCUACGGGGGUCGCCGGCGUGGAGACCCCUGGAAACGAGGUGGCCUCGGCAGCGGUUGCCACCGGCCACCAGCACGAGGAGGCCUCGGGUCCGUUGACCGGCGAGGAGGACGACCUCGACUGGGAGUACCUGAGCGGCGGCAACGGCGGCGUCCUUCCGCCGGCCAGCAAGCGCGCCUACUACGUGUCCGAGUUCAAGAGACUGCCCGUCUACAACUUCGGUCUCGGCAAACGCACGCCGGCCAACGGCAAUAAGUACUACGCUUUCGGGCUGGGCAAGCGUGAGCGCAGCGGCCGCCAGUACUCGUUCGGCCUUGGCAAGCGGCUCCACAACAACCUGUACUCGUUUGGCCUCGGCAAGAGAUCCAUGGACGUUUCAGAGAAUUCAAUUGAAGACGACGACGAUGACACUGAAGAAGAAUUCGAGCCCGACCUGGAGGAGGACGGAUCUAGCGAGGACCUGAGCGAAGUGAAGCGAGCUGCCGGCCCGUACGCGUUCGGCUUGGGCAAGCGGUUCGCCAAGAACCAGGCGUACAGCUUUGGACUCGGCAAACGGGCGUCCAAAUACAGUUUUGGCUUGGGCAAGCGACAACCGAGCGGUGGCCGACAGUACAGCUUUGGCCUGGGCAAACGGAACAGGCAAUACUCAUUCGGACUGGGCAAACGGGAAAUCUCGAAGGAAGAGCUGCAGGCGUACCAACAGGAGCAGAAAAAGUCCGCGGGGCGAAUGUACAACUUCGGGCUGGGCAAGCGGGCUCCAGCGGUCAGCAACUAAACCCUUCUCCAUUCGAUAGACAUUCCUGUUGUUCCUCUUCUUUAAUCUCCUCCUCCUCCUCUCUCCGUUUCCGUCGUUUUAACUGACAAAUAGAGCAUUUAACCAUUAUUAUUCGAUCGGUCCAUCAUAAUAGACGGACGGCGCAGCAUUGAUGUUAACCAAUGUUAACGACAGACACGUGAAUAAUUUUCCUGUGUGUAUCUAGUCUUAAAAACAUACAUGUUUCUCGACGCGCAUUGAGCUGGGUGCGUUGUUUCACACUGAUUGGGUAUUCGCGCCAAAGUUUAUGAAUUUGAAGACGAUGACUAAUAAUGCAUAUUUACUGGUGAUUGAGAGAGAAGUGAAAUAAAUGAUGUUCUAGUCUAUUUGAAAAAAGCAAACACGUACGAGUAUACUUAUCAUUCCUGAACCAUCAGCGUUGUGACCGCUUAUUUUUAUCAAAUAAACCAGAAUUGUUUCUGACCCCAGCA